AUGGGCUGCACCAGCAGCGCUCCAGAUAUUGCUGAUACUUCAAUCAAUGCAACAGAAAAGACACAAAAGCAAAUUGUUGCAACGGUGGACGAAAGAAAUAGCAAAGCAAAUAAUAAAAACGAAGAAUCGGUGGAUUACAACCGAGAAGUGCUUCCGAUAAGUAACAAUUUUGUCGAGAAUAUUCAACUGCCUAGCUAUAAUUCUUUAUUUUCCAAUACAGAAAAAGAGCUCUCUAUUAAAGGUACAAAAGAAACAGAAAAGAUAUGUGAGAUCUCUUUUAAAAGUGACAAUAAUGAAAUUAUAAAAUCAGAGGAAAAACUGUCAACAUUUAUAGAAGUAGCUGAUAAAGUUUUAAUAAAUAAGAUAAUAGAAGAUGUAAAGUUCGAAGAAUCGGCUGAAGAAGCGGCAAAUGUUGAUAAGGAGAUCGAGAAAGACGUAACAAAUAAUUUAGUUGAGGAGGACGUUUACGAACCCGAAGAAGUUAUCGUAGAAGAUUUAGAUGAUAAAGAUGAUAUCCGCGAUAACUUAGAACAUGAAAGUCCGACACAAUCAGAAAGCCGAUCGACCCGGUGGGAGGCGCUAGCAGAUAUCGCUGCGGAGCUACCCCCGACCCUGGCAAUGGACCCCGUCACCGGACACAUAUAUUCUUUAACGAAAUAA